GGUAGCGCUAAAAUAUUCGCAAAUUUAUUAAAUUUUAAAUAUGAGUGAUGAGAUUAUUUUAACAAAAAUUGCUAAAUUAGCAGAUGAACAACAAAUAACUUGUGAUAAUAACACUACAGCAUUCCAGUUUAAUCAUAAGAAAUGGAUUCUUUUAGACAACUUCAAGGAUGACGCAAAUAAUAUAUUCCAGCUUAUAAGACAAUGUGAAUUACACACACCAAAAGAUUUUGCAUUUGUUUCUGCAGAUGAAGAACAGCAUCUUGUAAUUGUCUACAGGAAUUAUGCCCGUUUAAGAAAAAAUGAUUUUAAUGACAAUUUAACUAAUCACCUUUUUGCUACGGUGUACCCAAAUUUCAAAAAAUCAUCUUCCUCGGAAUCUAAAAAUAAGGUAUUGAAGACCUAUGUGACCACUAGACUUUUUGAAGCCUUACGGCUUAAACAUAAUGAGAAUAUUCCGGAUAUAACAAAUGAUAUGCAGCAUAAAUUAUCACUGCCACCUAAGUUCUUGCCCAGUCUAUGUGAAUAUCAGAAAAAAAGUGUUUUAUGGCUGCUAAAAAGAGAACGACAUCAAAAACCAUUUCCAGCUUUUUUUGAAAAGCUUACAGCCAAAGAUAACGAGACAAUCGUAUAUAAACAUUUAUACUCCCGAUUUAUACAGGCAGAGACCCCAGAAGAAUUAGUAUUACCACCCGGUGGCAUUUUAGCUGAUGAAAUGGGUUUAGGUAAAACUGUUGAAAUGCUGGCAUUGAUUUUAUUAAAUCCUUGCCACGAAGUAAAUUUAAACCCGAGAAUGGAAACAUUCCUUUCAAUCGUAAUAUCAAAACGCAGAUGUGUUGAGUAUAAAUUAUUUUGUAUUUGCAAUUCCAAUUCAAAGAUAAAUAUUGUACAAUGUAGCAAAUGCAACCUUUGGCAACAUCAAAAGUGUGUCAAUUUCUAUGAUUCAGAAGCAGACAAUGAUGAGGUCAAUUCACCAUACUUGUGUCCUAGCUGCUGGCAGCACGUAAUACAGGAGUAUGGUUUGUUGAAGACUAAAGCAACUUUUAUAGUUUCACCCAAUACCAUUAAAUUACAAUGGCUUUCGGAAAUAAAACGUCAUGUACAGCCAUCAUUACGUGUUCUUAUAUAUGAGGGUGUUUUAUCAGGAAAAUGGAUAAGUCCUCGUCAGUUAGGUGAAUACGAUAUAGUUUUAACGGAUUAUAAUGUAUUACGGGCAGAAAUUUAUUACACUCAAGAUAAUGUUAGUGAACGUACAACGCGUAAUAAACCACGUUCUAUGAGGGCAAGUACGCCCAUACUAAUGUUGGACUGGUGGAGAGUACUACUAGAUGAAGCUCAAAUGGUUGAAUCAAAAACCUCAAGAGUUGCUUCACUAGUUCGUAUGAUACCAGCUAUUAAUCGUUGGGCAGUCACUGGCACUCCCAUACAGCAUUCGCUCAAUGAUUUACAACCUUUACUACAGUUUAUUGGCUUUGAAGCCGCCAGUGAAAAUUUCAUCUGGCAUCAGUUAGUCAACGAUUUCGUGCUGCAGCAGCAGACAGAUCUUGAGAAUAGCAAUACAAAUGCGUCCUGUCCUGCAUUGAUAGACAUUUUACAAAAAUGCAUGUGGCGCACAUGUAAGACGCAAAUAGCAUCAGAAUUGGAAAUACCACCACAACGAGAGGUUGUACAUAGCAUACAAUUCGAUAACCUGGAAAAACUGUUUUAUAACGAACAACAUGAGGAAUGUCGUAGUAAAUUUUUGGAAAAUGUCCUGAAGUAUAGUAAGAUAAUGUCAACGAUAUCUCCACAAGUUAUGAAUAUGAUUUUACAGCCCUUUUUAAAAAUUCGUCAAUCGUGCACCAUGCCUAUGGUGUUGGCAACUUCUAACGCAAACAACAAUUUCAAUUCGCAUCAACAAAAACAGUUUUUGCAGCCACAAGAGUUGCACGAUUAUUUAAAGUCUGCAAAUGAACUUUCUUGCAAAUCGGAACUGCGUGCAGUGGCAUCAUCUCACAAUGGUUUGGCUGCUCUAUAUUUUUUGCAAAAAAAAUACGAUGAGGCUAUCAAAAACUAUGAAGCGGUAUUAAAGUUGUCUAAAGAUUACACUGACAUGAAUAUAGUUGUUGAUAGCUUGCUGCAAAUUCAUGCUCUACACAAUACAAUGCAAAUUAAAAUUGUACAAUCCGAGAUGUCUACAAUAAAUUUAGAAAAUUAUGAAAAUCAAUACAACCAAUUAGAAUGGAAGUAUUUAAGUACAUAUGCUAGCAACUUAGCAACGGUUAAGAAUGCCUAUGAAGCUACACUUGAGAAGUUGAACACGGAGAUAACAGAAAGUUUCAUUAUCACUAUGGCAGAGGGCCUUGAAGUUCUCUCAGCCAAUGAUGAAUUAAUACUGAUGCAAAAAAUACAUGAUGAUUGUACGCCUAGAUUUGGAUCGACUAAUGCAAAACUAGCUGAACUUCAGUCUACACGUACACUGUUGUACGUUGUACAAUUGUGGUUCAAUAAAGUGAAAAGCAUUUCAAAAACACUACAAACUGACAUUCAGGAUCUUAAAUACUUUAGUGAGAAUGUACGUUCACGUAAUCAAGUAAGUCCGGCCAUCUGGAGAAAAAUAAUGCAUUUGGUGAAUUCUGUUUAUGAUUGUCAUUUAAGUGAAAUAAGAGAAGUACAGAAAUCUAAAAAAGAUAUUGAAAAACAAAAAAAGUCACAAAAGAAAGACAAAACACUGUGCAAAAUGUGCUGCAUACGAGAUGCUGUAAAUACUUUUGAAUGUCUUUUAUUUGAUAAAGUCAUUGAUAAGAAUACACAUGAUACUGAAGGCAUGGAAAUUCCAUCCUUUGAAAUGUAUCUGUGUAAAUUAACAUUUCAUUUUAUUAAAAACAAACAUCGUCGUUUAAAUUCUAUUAUGGAAAAGAAUUGGUUGUAUUUGGAAAAUCUUCAGUUGGUUUGUAAACGUUUAAUAAAAUUUUGGAUCGAAAUGGAAUAUACGAUUAAGGCUUAUGAUGAACUGAAUAUGUGCAAAAUGCGCAUCACUUUAACCGACGAAGCCGAUGAUAAAUCUAUUUUUAAGAUAAUGGAAAAUGAAAUAGAUGGACGGAUUGCGGAACAACAAAAUGAACUAAUGAGUGCUCAAAGGCAAUUUAUUGUAAAGUUGGCUAGGCUAAGAUAUAUAAAGCAUUUAGAAGGCAAUGAUGAUCCAGGGCCCUGUCCCAUAUGCCACCUAACCGAGAAUGAUAGAUAUGCUGUUCUGGAAUGCGGUCAUCAUAUAUGUUUUCCUUGUUUGAAAUCGAUACGUUCAUAUGUUAAAGGGUCCCAUUUUAAAUGUUCCAUAUGUCGUAAUUUACAACAAAAUCAAAAAAUAUAUUACGUAAGUCGUGCAAAAAAUAAAUACGCAGAUAUGGAAAAAAUAAAAGGUAACUAUUCUUCGAAAAUCACAUAUAUGGUGGGUCUAAUUUUGAAAUUGCAAAGUCAUCAAAUCGAAGAAUUUGAACAACCUCAAUCUACAAUUGAAACGAAUGCCGAAGAGAAUAAUGUUAAAAUAUUAAUAUUUUCGCAAUGGGAACCAAUAAUACAAGCAAUUGCGUUAGCACUCAAAGCAAAUUCUAUAACAUAUCGAUCGCAAUGUACACCAAAAACCAUCGAAGAAUUUAAGAACCCAAAUCUUGGUAUUACAUGCCUACUGAUGCCAUUCGUAAGAGGUUCGAAAGGUUUAAAUUUAGUAGAAGCCACUCAUGUUUUUCUAGUGGAACCAAUUCUCAAUCCUGCCGAAGAAUUACAGGCUAUAGGACGAGUUCAUCGUUUUGGACAACAUAGACAAACUACCGUGCAUCGUUUUAUUGUAAGUGAAUCAAUCGAGGAAAAUAUUUACAAUUUCAUUAAUUCAUCUUCGUCAACCUCGAGUGACAUGACGGGUCCACAACGUAGGUGGAAAUUUGACAAUAUAUCUUUAAAUGAUUUUGAAAAUUUAUUUUCUUUCCAAACUGAUGAAAGCGAAUAAAUAAAGAUGUAAAGUAUGUGUAUCUAGUUUACAUACAUAUACAUUGUCCAUUAGAACAAAUUUCUAUAGGAAUAGCACUCAUAAUCGAAUGCGAAUUG